AUGGGCGUGCCAACGAUAGACGGGCCCGCUUGUGUCUUGCCGCCCGCAGAUCGUGCGGCCCAAGGCGAGCCCAUGUUUCUAAAACUGAAACACCAUCCCUGCGCUACCCAGGCGCGUUUUGAGCCUCCAAAGCCAAUCGCUAAGCGACGGCGGCACCUCGACCGAACCACGCCUGAUCGUCUGGACGACAUAACCCCUCCACGGCCGUCGACUUUGCUGUGCGACAAAUUGACUACCACGUUUGCUAGUGGACAGACAACUGACUGGGCUGUUGCCCUUGUGCAGUUCCCGCCCACUCCAGCGGGGAGCGUUUCACAUGGGCCGGCAGCAUGA